AUGAACCUCACGGUGCUCAACCCUGGCAGCCUGGUCAGCCCCGGCGUGCACCUGCUCUGCUACGGUCCCUAUGCGGCGCCGCGAGACGCCCGCGCGCUCGUGCGGUUUCAGCCCGAUGUGAACAUGGCGCUGGUCCACCACCUCAUCAUGUUCGCCUCACCGGGCGCGCCCACCUCGUCGCGCGCCAGCUGCGGCGGCAACAUCAUCUACGCGUGGGCGCGCACCGGUCAGACGACACCGCAGGGGCUCGAGCUCUCCUCGGCCGCCACCGGCACCGCCGGGCUGGCCUACGGCGUCGGGCCGGGCUCGGACAUCGGCCACUUCUCGCUGCAGCUGCACUACCAAAACAUGGAGGGCAAGCCCGUCUUCGACAAGUCAGGCGUGCGGCUCAGCUUCGAGAGCCGGCCGCCGAAGACGCGCCUGCGGUUCGACGUGCUCAUGUCGACGCGAGUCAACAUCCCUCCGGCCGUCUUCAUCGACGAGUGCGUGGCUUGCCGCGUCACGCGGGGCGGCACGGUCUUCGGCUUCCGCAACCACGCCCACCGCCUCGCGCGCGACAUCUGGACCGACGAGUUUGACGCGCACGGCGCGGCGACGCCUCCGCCCGGCCGCCUCCCACCGAGCCGUCUCCGAGCCUCUUCCCGGAACCUUCCCGCAGGCGCGGCGAAGCCGUCGAUCGGCCGCCUGUCGGCGCAGGAGCCGCAGAUCAUCCGCCUGCUGCCCAAGCCGCGCUCGCUCGCCGAGGGAGAGAGUCUCGAGCUGCACUGCCUCUACAACGCGAGCGGCGUCGACCGCCCGACUCGGAUCGGCCUCGACGAGCGGAGCAAGGAGAUGUGCAACCAGUACUACCUCUCCACCUCGGCCCUGCGCGUCGAGUGCGACGGCGAGGUGGCGGCGCCCUCGCCCCCGGCCAACGCGGCGCUCAACGCCGCUGUGACCGGCGCUGCGGCCGAUGGGGAGUGGCUCUACUUUUUCCACCGCGGAAAGGCAAAUUUCAUGAACACGCAGCCGCUCGACUUCGCGCCCAUCCUCCGCUUCAGCCGCAAGCACGCCAGCCUCGGAGGCGCGAUCGGCCGCGGCCUCUUCACGGUGCGUGCGAGCGCCGUGCUGCUCAAGCUGGGCGACGGCCGUGCCGCGGCGGGCCCCUCCUCCUUCAACAAGCCCACCGACGUGGCCGUGGAGCGGGGCAGCGGCGAGGUGUACGUGGCGGACGGCUGCACGCUCAACUCAACUGCCGGCGGCGCGGCUGCAGGCGAGUAUCUGCGCGAGUGGGGGUCCGCCGGAUCGCAGCCGGGCCAGUUCCGCGUGCCGCACGGGAUCGUCAUCGACUCGCGCGGGCUGGUCUACGUCGCCGACCGCGAAAACUCGCGCGUGCAAGUCUUCACGCAAGCCGGCGCCCUCGUGACGGUCUGGGCCUCGCGCGUCGGUGCGGACAAGGGCUUCGGGAGCAACCUGGUGUGGCGCGCGCACGUCUCGUCGGUCUCGUACGACCCUUCCCUCGACCUCUUCGCGGUCACCGAGGGCUCCAACGCGGGCUCCUGGCGCGCGAACGCCGGCCGCCCAUUCUCGUUUGCCGUCGCGGAGCUCGAGGGGAAGCGCGUGACGCAGUACGAGGUGCGGCUCGGAUCUGGCCGAGCAGGGCUCCAGAGUAUGUACGGCUGA